AUAGUCGCCCCGGAUAAUGCCUGAGGGUCCUGUGAGCAAAAACAAACAAGCGCUGGACUCCGUUCCACUGCAUUCAUGACUUAAUGUUGUUUACCGAUUUUUCUUUACUAGUCACGUAAAAAUGUAUGCGAUUUUAAAUUCGUUGUAAGGUCUGCAAACAUUUUACCAACGGGUUGGCUUAGUCACGGGCUUUCCACGGAAGAAUAAAAAAAUAAUAAUUUUGAUUUUAACAUCAAACGUUUGGAUAUCAGACAGUAGUCAUAAUUGGCGGGGUGGCAAGGUAUUUUUUUGUGACAGUUGGACUUUUUCUGGGCUUUUUUGAAGAGGGCGGCGCUGUUGAAGUAUGUCUGGAAUUGCGUUGAGUAGACUGUCACAGGAGCGUAAAGCCUGGAGAAAAGAUCAUCCAUUUGGUUUUGUGGCUGUGCCAACCAAGAACCCAGAUGGCACCAUGAAUCUAAUGAAUUGGGAGUGUGCAAUACCAGGCAAAAAGGGGACUCUUUGGGAGGGAGGUCUUUACAAACUCAGAAUGUUCUUUAAGGAUGAUUACCCAUCUUCCCCACCAAAAUGUAAGUUUGAGCCUCCCAUCUUCCACCCAAAUGUUUAUCCUUCAGGUACAGUGUGUCUGUCCAUACUGGAGGAAGAGAAGGACUGGAGGCCAGCCAUCACUAUCAAACAAAUUUUACUGGGCAUCCAAGAGCUCCUGAAUGAGCCCAACAUUCAGGACCCAGCACAGGCAGAGGCCUACACGAUAUACUGUCAAAACAGAAUGGACUACGAGAAGCGCGUGAGGGCGCAAGCUAAGAGAUUUGCUCCAACAUAGAGCGGCAGGUGCACAAUCUAACAGUCUGUGCCUAGCCAAUUGUUCACCACUCAGUAAAAAACCCAAAACUGCAGCUGAGUGUAAAUAAAGAUUUAAUGUGUCUUCAGCACUGAAUUGAACGAGUAGCUCUUAAGAAGAAAAGGAAUCAAAACUGAAGUUGAUGUUGGCUGUUUUGUUACCAGUGUUGUUAUAAAAGUGAUGGGAAAGGUUAUUUCUUUUUUUUUAUUGAUGGAAACUGGUUUAAGAUCAUUCACAAUGGAGCAAUCUUCCCUCAAGCAAGGAUGUAAUAGAUAAAGGGGUUUUGUAUAUUGCCUAUAGGCUAUAUAAACAAUAUGAAACAUAUUUACUUUUCUUUUUUACAGUUUUACUGUUUCAUAACUUUUAAUUAAAAUGUGUGGCCAUAAUAUAUGUGAUGAGUGUAUGAAUUAUUUGAAUAAAACUAAAAAGUGGUUAAAGGAAUAGUUCACCCCCCAAAAAAUUCACUCUUC